GUGUUUUGAAAAUCACGUAUGUGCCUUGUAGUAAAUAUCAUAACUGUAUUGGAACACAGGGCUUUUUAUCUGAAAGAAAGAAAGUAACGUAAAGGAUAUAAAAUUCAGUUCACAAAUUCUAAAUACGGCUAGCGCGAGACGUCCUUGUCCCUCAAUGGUAUCCGUAGAAAUGUCCAUUCAAGCUUGCCGUAGUGUUCCGUUUUUGAAUGUGUGGAACUGUUCACUAAAACCAGCCAAAUAAAUCAGUUGUAUUUGGUUUUAUUCCCCAUUAAUGCUACAUAAUGAACGUCCAACCUUCAAACCCUAAUAAUCCCAUUGUGUUUUUUGACGUGACAAUCGGAGGACAGGAAGUUGGAAGAAUGAAGAUUGAACUGUUUGCAGAUGUUGUUCCCAAGACUGCUGAGAAUUUCCGGCAGUUCUGCACAGGGGAAUUCAGGAAAGACGGUGUUCCUAUCGGAUUCAAAGGAUGCACGUUCCAUAGGGUUAUUAAAGACUUCAUGAUUCAAGGUGGCGACUUUGUAAAUGGAGAUGGCACGGGAAUCUGCAGCAUCUACAGAGGUCCAUUUGCAGAUGAAAAUUUUAAACUGAAACAUUCUACUCCUGGCUUGCUGUCUAUGGCAAAUAGUGGCCCAGGAACAAAUGGCUGCCAGUUUUUCAUCACUUGUACAAAAUGUGACUGGUUAGACGGGAAGCACGUAGUGUUCGGCAAAGUGGUGGAUGGUUUGCUCAUCAUGAGAAAAAUUGAGGAUAAUGAUGCUAAGCGCACUAGCAAAUCCAUCAAGGGAUGGAUCUAUAAGAAGAAAUGGAGGGUUAUGGAAUGGCCUAGUCAAAGCCUGGUAUCAGAGCAUUUUUACAAGCAAGACUACCAGUAAAUGAGCACAGUAUUAGAACAAUACCUGAUGUACUAGGGUGCAUCCAUAGUAUUUAAUUCUUGAUUACAAUUCACUGCAGUUGGUGACUGUUUGAAGUCCGUGACCAUAGACAUCACACAUCUGUCUAAAAAUAUCUUCACGGUCCUCUUUACCUGGCCUGUGAUGAAGGAAUGUUUUCAGUGCUUUUUGUGCUAAGUGGAGUAUGCAUUGAGCCUAAGACUCGGUAAGCCAAGUACAUUUUACAUUUUUGGCUGUGAACUCCACACUUGCUUUAACCAUGUGUUUUUAAUUACUCUUCUUCAGCAUUCACUGAGCAGCUAAAGAGCAACAAUGAUUCGUAUUCCUGGCUGCUUUGUCAAAUUCGUUGUGCAUUAACAGCUACUGGGCACCAUGACCUGAUGGUCGGGUUAAUCAUAGAAACAUGCUCUGUUCUGGAGUAUUUGUAAAGUAAGUGUGUUUCUGUCUACAACAUAAUCUGAAAGCUGCAAAACAAAACGUUAAAAAGCUUUUUAUCAUGCAGUAGUGACACUAAUUUUUUAAAUAAGUAUCUGAACUAUUUUA